AUGACUCAACAGGAAAUAACAACGUCAGAAACUGUCAAUAAUCCGACACGUCAUAACUAUGCAAGUACUAUUUCAGAAUCUAAACAAUCAAAUAACCAUAGCAAUCUUGGAUCGACAAGAAUAUUUUUCAGCCGACAUCGCGCAUGUUUUGAAGCGAUUUUAUAUUACUAUCAAUCAAAUGGACGCCUUCGUCGACCAGACAACGUUCCAUUGGAUAUAUUUCUGGAAGAAGUUCGCUUUUUUCAAUUAGGCCCAAGAGCAUUUGCUCAAAUAAUAGAAUCCGAAAAUUUACGCAAGAUUAAACCUAAACCAAUGCCUAAAACACGUCGGCAUCAGCUUCUUUGGCAACAUUUGCAAUAUCCUAAAUCUUCAAUUUUAGCACGUGUGAUCUAUGUUGUUUCGAUGGCUAUUACUCUUCUUUCUAGUAUCACACUAGCUAUUGAAACUUUACCAAGUGUCAACAAAGAUUCGUCAGUUGUAUGUUAUAGUGAAACAAAUCUUAACGAUUCUGUAUCUUUGCAAUUCAUGGCAGGUUGUCCAAAAAUAUUCUCUACGCCGCCAUAUUUUACGAUUGAAAGUAUUUGUGUUUCAUAUUUUACAAUCGAAUUUUUUCUUCGUUUGAUCAGUACUCCUUCGUAUAAACAUUUUCUCUUGUCAUUUAUGACUCGGGUUGAUAUACUAUCUAUUGUUCUAUAUUAUUGCAUUGUGGCUCUAUAG